CAUUUGUAUUUUUACAGUUAAACAUAGCCUAGGGUAGCACGAUUUGACAGGGUAGCACAACUCGACAGAACACCGGCCUCCCUAGUUACCGCAGGUAACAGUCGCUACCAGACGCGCUGACCGACAUGAAGGAACAGAGAAGAAUCUGGGAACAGAUGUUCCGGGACUACAGUUCACCCCAAGCUACACCCUUCCAUGAUAACUGCGGAGUGGAGGGAUCGAGCCUCUGCAGCGCCCCCCAGAGCACCAUGAGGAAGCACAGGCCUGCUUCGGUGGCAGUGGAUUUAGAUCGGGUUAGGAAUAUAAAUCCUCCUCACUAUCCUCCAAAGAUUCAGCAAUGCCCCAACUCCCAGUAUUUGGCAGAAAAUGUGUUUCCUGUGCUGUUGCCUGGAUUAAAUGCCAUGCUAAAAGAAGCAUUAAAAUAUCUCCGUAUGAAGAAAGAAAGAACUGCAUUUAAUGGCUGUGACUUUCUGACUGAAUGGCUGUACAAUAAUAAGCAGAGGACUGGUCAGACACCCUUGGAUUUCUAUAAGAUUCCUUUUGUUUAUGACUGGCUCAAUAAACAUCCAAGGCCAGUCAUUGCUCUUUCUCUGCUACUGACUGAUGAGCAAGCUGCACUUCUUAUUCAGACUUUCUGGAAAGGUUACAAGAUUCGUGUGCGUCCAGAUGUGCAAGAGUUGAGACAAUGGCAAAAGGAACUCCGGGAGGAAAAUCGUGACAUCGCUAAAACGGUGGAAAAGUUCUGGGCACAUCAGGAGAGCAGAGGCAGGACACGCGGAUGCUCACGUCCAGUGCAGCAUACCGGACACUCUGGACCCCCUGCUGUACGCCUACUGUCCCAACAGGUCCACCUCGGACACUAUCGCUGCUGCCCUCAACAACUCCCUCUCCCACCUGGAAAACAAAGACUUCUACAUCAGGAUGCUCUUUGCGGACUACAGUUCUGUUUUUACACGGUCAUUCACCACAAACUCACAAACAAACUGUCUGUACUCGGCCUGCACCCCACCCUUUGCAGCUGGCUGUUGGAUUUUCUGACUGGCAGGCCUCAGUCUGUCAGGAUUGGAGAAAGGACUUCAGCCAGUAUCACCACCUACACAGGCACCCCACAGGGAUGCGUCCUCAGCCCUAUCCUCUACACCCUGUUCACCUAUGACUGUGUCGCUUCCCAUAAGGACAAACAUCUGUACUUCCUGAGGAGGCGGAGGAAGUUCGGGAUGUCUCCCAAGAUACUCUGCAACCUCUACAGCUGUGUCAUUGAGAGCCUUUUGACCAACUGUAUCACCGUGUGGUACGGCAACACUACUGUGAUGAACCGUACACGCCUGCAGAGAGUGGUAAAGACUGCAGAGAAGAUCAUCAGGACUCUACUGCCCUCUCUGCAGAACAUCUACCACGAUAGAGUCCUCAGGAGAGCUGCAUCCUCUACCCACCCCCAGCAUGGACUGUUGACUCUUCUGCCUUCAGGCCGGAAGUAUAGUAGUGUGAAAUGAAAAACCACCAGGCUAAAGAACAGGUUCUUCCCCACUGCUACCAGACUCCUGAACCUACCUCAGAAAUAACCCUGCACAUUACUCUCUACACAUUUACAUGUCAAGGACAUUUCUCAGAGGCACAUGAUCACUUUACUGCAAUUUUAUAAUUGCACUACUGAAUUUUUUGCACUUUUUUCAUAUUCCACUGCUGUAGAUAACAUACGGAUUUGUAAAUAAUAUCCAUAACACUUAACUGUUUUUAUGUAUAUAUUUCCAUUCUGGAUGUAAAUUAACACCAAUUAAAUAUUUAUAUUUAGUAAGUUUAUUUCUUUCUUUAUUGUAUAUUUUCUACUUUUAUGUUUAAGAGGCAUACUUGGUGAGGAGCAAAGAAAGAAUUUCAUUGUACGAGGAAACUUGUUUCUUACUGUGCACAUGACAAUAAACUCUUUGAAUCUUGAAUCUAAUGGCAGCUGUUGACAUUCUUAUGCUGGAUUUGGCCACUGCAAGACUACAUCAUGCUAAAGCAGCUACAACCUGACUCUGUUUAGAAGCUAUUGCUUUCGUUAUCCUGAAAGAGACUGCUGAUUGGCAGUUAGUAUAUAUAUAUAUAUAUAUUGGGCUGUCUGCAUGGUUUUGAUCUUGUGUUCGAUGUUUUUAUACCUUGCCUCUGUGUGUUGCACGUG